UAGCACCACCUUCGCUGGCCAACAUACGACCAGAGAACCCACACUCGUUUGCUUCCACUUUGCGAUUGCAUUUGCGUAGCAUGUGCUAAUCCCACCACAUUUACGGCAAUCAUUAUGGCUGAGCCCGCUGUUUGCAAGACUCGCUCUCCUCUUUCCGAAGCUGCACAUCGCAUCAACGCGAGCUAUGCCCCGUCUGAUAACACCAAGAGCACCAAGGCGCGUGGGGAGCAAGUUGAUACGCAGUCGCGCGCUUCUCAUCAACAAAACGCGCCUCCAACGAGUCACGACCCUCGCGUUACUUCCCCGUUGACAUCCAAUCCACCGGAACCAACUGUCCUACGGCCGCCGCAGGAAUCUGAUGAGGCCAAACGACUGUCUCAAGCAUCAUACGAAUCAGGAUCUAGUAGAAGCAGCAAGAGAAACUACAAGACGCACAUCGGUCCAUGGCAGCUCGGUCGAACAUUAGGCAAAGGCUCUUCAGCCCGCGUGCGCCUUUGCCGCCACAAUGUCACGAACCAGCUGGCUGCUGUCAAGAUUGUCAACAGAAGGAUGGCCUACCUGGUUCCGGAUAGCAGUCUGGCCGCCUUGAGCAAGUGGGACAACAACGAUGCGACGAGCGGUUCGAGCGUUGAAAUGCGUGUGCCCAUGGCUAUCGAACGAGAGGUGGCAAUACUAAAGCUUAUCGAACAUCCUCAUAUCAUGAAACUUUAUGAUAUUUGGGAGAACCGGUCAGAGAUUUACCUCAUCCUCGAGUAUAUCGACCAGGGCGAUCUCUUCACUUUCAUCAACUCCCGCGGAAGACUCACCGAAGAAGUUAGCAUGUACUUCUUUCGACAAAUGAUUAGUGCCAUCGGGUACUGUCAUUCAUUCAACAUCUGUCACCGGGACCUGAAGCCCGAGAACAUUCUUAUCACAGCCGACCACAAAAUCAAGAUUGCGGAUUUCGGGAUGGCUGCUUUGCACCAGACUGAUACCCAUAGGCUAGCCACGGCUUGUGGCAGUCCUCACUAUGCUGCCCCUGAGCUACUCAAAAAUCGCCAAUACCGGGGCGACAGGGCUGACAUCUGGAGCAUGGGUGUGAUCCUCUUCGCGAUGCUUGCCGCCUCUCUCCCAUUCGACGAUCCAGACAUGAGGACCAUGAUGGAGAAGGCGAAAAGAGGCCAUUAUCAGAUGCCCAAACACUUCAGUCUCGAGGCCCAAGAUCUUGUCAGCCGCAUGCUUCAAGUCAAUCCGGAGCGCAGAAUAACGCUCGCCGAAAUCUGGCGACACCCAUUGGUGCAAAAGUACAACUACCUCGACCCUUACGGGGAGAAUGGCGGCCAGCCUGGGGACCUACGAAGGGGCUUCCAGUAUGCUCCUGUGCUGAGGGCGGACAUUGAUCCGCAGUUGGUUCGACAGCUGCGCAGCAUGUGGCACAUGUUCAGCGAGCACGACCUCGAACUCAAGCUCACCUGCGACACGCCAAAUGACCAGAAGGCCUUCUACUGGUUGUUGCACAAUUACAGGGAUAAGCAAUUGGAGGAUUUCAAGCCCGAGCUUGCUCACUCGAUGAGUGACUACCACCACUUGAAACCCGGUGCCUGGAAGAAGCGUGUCUCGACCUGCGAAUUCUCUCAACCGCGCGCCAACGGUCACGGUAGAUCUGUAUCCCGCUUUACGGUCAUCUCCAACGCCACCGAAACCGAAGCAGGUACCGCGCAGAGCUACGACCCCUACAGGGACAAUCAAGUGCUUCAAUCCUACGGUUCGAAUGUCACCCAUGCCAAGAUCACAGUCCAUAGGGACCAGGCUGUUGAUGCUGGCCAUAGCCCGCACGCCGCGAGGAUGCGAAGCAACUCCGCUGCCCGACGACCUCGGGCAAAUUCCAAUCGCACUGCGCCUGGUGGACGGCCGCCGUCGUCUCGUGGGUCCAUGUCAUCUCUAAACGGUGCUCGACCAAACAACACCCGAGCCAGAGGGCCAAGCCUGCGGCACAAGCGUGGCGUCGACUUCUCCCACGUGCGAAAGCAGUCCCAGACUGUCGGCGCCUCGCGUUCGAACAUCAAACAAGCCGUUUCUGGCACGACAUUGGUGAGCGAAUCGGCCCAUCAGGAGCGAUGCUCGCAGUCUCAGUCUCCCGAGCCACAGAUGAAUGACCAAGGGCAGUACGAAAAGGCAAAGGGUGCACCUGCGCCGUCGACACCGGACCCAACCUCGAUUUUCACCGAGGAACUGCGUCACUUUAGCAGCAACAUUGCCAAGGACUGCGACGAGGCAUUCCGGAGCUCACUGAUUGAGGAAGAGUCCAUUGCUGGUUCGCUGGCGGAAGGGGACAGGAAGCAGCGCGACUCGCCCUUUACUUUCAGUGUCGAUGGGUCUGGCCCAACGACGCCCGCCACAGACGUCUCGUCUGUCAAACCCUGGGAGUCGCGACCCCUCCCCCCUCUCCCAUCGGAACAGUCUCUCCACAGGCCAUCCGCUCCGAGCAGUGUCGCUCCGUCUCUGUAUAGUGCGGAUUACGAGAGGGAUGUCGAGCAGGUUGCCCGACUGGCCGUGCCCGUCAAGUUUGUACCCCAUGGCGAUCGCCGGGUCGUGUCUGCUCCCGCUCAAAGCCACUCUACACGCAAGGUUGAUGCCAUGCCCCCCAUCAGUGAGGACAAGGCACUCAACGUCGUGAGCAACGACAAGGCCAGGAUUGUUUCGGCGCCGCCUCGCACGCCACCCAAGGCUCGAGGGGUCGAGUACUUGACCAAGGUUGAGAACACGAUUCGCGUAGUUCACUCACCGAGCGCACCGAACCCAGUGAGAGUUCCAAAGCCUCUGAAUGUUCGAAAGAAGACCAUGGCAGGCACGAGUGAGGAGCGGCAGCAGGAUGUGAACGGCCACGAGUAUGAUUACUCCAGCCAGCGAACCACGUCUGGAGACACGACUACCAGCCUGAAACAGAAGAAGUCCAAGCUCUGGUUCAAGAGGUCGUCCAAGGCGGGGACAGGGAGCGGCACGUCGACUGCUGCAACGUCCCAGGAGCAGCUAAGCUCGAUCAUGUCCGAAACGGGCGGAGGCGCUGAAGUAGCCCAGAGCUCUGUGGUCGGGAAGAAGACGAGUUUCACGUUUCCCUUCUUCAAAGGAAACAAGAGCGGUGAACUCAAGAUGUCCAUCGCUGGUAAGCCUCGACCCCCAGCUGCUGCAUGUGGCACUCUCGCUGACUUGGCAGACGAAGCGGAAGCAUCGGUUGGCGCUGGUGAUCUCCCGAAGCGGCCAGCGAACACAAAGGUCAACUGGCGCGACUCCACUGCCACUGAUGGCAGCCGCAGCAUUGAAGUGAAGCAGAAUUGGCUAGCACGCCUAUUCCGGGUGAAGCCGGCGACUGAUUAUCUGUGCAUGUCCAUCUCCCGCAGGCGAGCUCGCCAGGAGGUUACGAUCCUGCUGCGCGAGUGGCGGCGGUACGGUAUUAGGGGUAUCCAGGUGGACAAGGAGCGCAACAUCAUCUUUGGCAGGGUCGGUGCUAAGAACUACUUGAACCUGAAGGAGGUGUCCUUUGCAGCCGAGAUCAUGACGGUGAUUGAGCACGGCAAACGGCAGCCACUGAGCAUUGUCCGCUUCACUCAAGAGCGUGGUGCGGCCAGCAGCUUCCAUCGCGUGGUCGACACCAUGCGGACGGUGUUUGACAGCCGCCACCUGCUUGUUGCCGAGCGCACCAAGCAGAAGAUGAUGAUCAAGACACUGCAGUCGUGAUGGGCACGCGGGAUCCCUGCGCGUGUUCGUUUUGAUUACUAUUGAAAAAGUGUUACUGGUGUUUGGAUGAAGUUGGAGGCACAUGUAUAGCUACUUUCUUUUUCUUUGUAUGAGGUCUGUCAUCUGCAUUUGGCAGCUGGUCUUCUCGGCUCAUCCUUGCGCUGCUGCAUUGUACUUUGUAAAGCAGGAAGGCAUUGGCGGGGCGCACAUCACUC